GGCGCCCGGGGUGCGGCAGCGGAGCCGCGUCGUUUCCGAGUGUUUGCUGCGCGCGUGCCGCGGCCCGUGCCCAGGGCGCGGGGCCGGGAGGUCCCGCCCGCCCAGCGGGGCGCCCGCGGGGACCCCGGGCCCUCGCGGGUCCCUGCACCCCGGGAGGGUCGCCGCGGUGUGUGCAGCCGCCCGCUCGGGAAAAGGCUAAAGAUUAGAUUUGUAAGAAAGGACAUUAGCAACCAUGUUUCGAAGACCUGUAUUACAGGUACUUCGCCAGUUCGUGAGACACCAGUCUGAGGUGGCGAGCAGCUUGGUCCUGGAGCGCUCCCUGAAUCGUGUGCAGUUACUUGGACGCGUGGGCCAGGACCCCGUAAUGAGGCAGGUGGAAGGGAAAAACCCGGUCACGAUAUUUUCUCUAGCCACAAAUGAGAUGUGGCGGUCGGGGGACAACGAAGCCUACCAGAUGGGCGACGUCAGUCAAAAGACAACGUGGCACAGAAUAUCAGUAUUCCGGCCAGGCCUCCGAGAUGUGGCGUAUCAGUAUGUGAAGAAGGGGUCUCGAAUUUUUGUGGAAGGGAAAGUAGACUACGGUGAAUACACAGAUAAAAAUAACGUGAGGCGCCAGGCCACGACCAUUAUAGCUGAUAACAUAAUAUUUCUGAGUGACCAGACCAAAGAAAAGGAAUAGUUUGGACGAUUCAUCUUUGAACACUACUUGACCCUCAGCUGACUCUCCUCACCUGAAAUGGAGACGUGACGGCUGAAUCUCUGGUGGUGUGACGGGAUAGACGGUAUCUCCACAGACGGUAUGUCCACGAUGAAAGCCGGAAGCCGCGGGUCUGCGGUAACCACGGAUCCACCAUUUCCACGCUGGAAGCCGGAAGCCAGGGGUCUGUGGUCACUACACCUUCACCAUACUUGGCCUGGACCGUCAACAUCUGGACUUCUUGGGAGACACAAAUAAAUCUCUACCUUGUUUGGCCACAUACUGUGUUUUCCAUUAAACCUAAUUCUUAAAAAUUCA